AUCCUUGGAAUGAUUCCUUUUUCUUCUGUGCUGAAAGAGCAGAAUAAAUCGUAGACCCACCCAAUUAAUCUUCAGUUCUUCAUCGCAUUUAAUCAGGGAAGACUACAAGGAUGAUGAGUGCAACCAUCAGGCGGAAAGCUUUGUCUCUGUGCUCAUCUGCGCUGGCAAAUAAUGGCAUUGUACAAUCAUUGGAGAGGGUCCAACCUGCAUUAGCAGGAUCUGCAGCACCAGGAUAUAUUGCUGGUAUCCCGAUGUUUGAGGCAUUUGGAAGGGGAUCAAAACUAAUACCGGAAUUUCAUCAAGGUGCCCCUGUAUAUUCAAAGUCGAUGAGGGAUGUUGCAUCGUCGCUUAAAGCAGAUUUUCCGACCCAGAAGUGGAUUAGAUCGUUUUCUUCAUAUAGUGAACCUGCUGUUCGUGGUGAUAUCAAUGAACCAAUUGCCCAAAUUCAAACCAAUAAGGGUAUUGCAGCUCCAGUCAUUCAAGAUGCUGUGAAAAUGAACAUUGCUGAAAUACAGAAGACAUUCAACAGCUCAACCAAAAAGGCACACAAUCGCCCUGCAUAUUUCACCGUAUCUGGUGCUGCGAUCGGAAGUACUUUAAGUACUCCCAUUGUAAAUGCUCCACAGGCGGCUAAACUGGGCAUGGGUUCAACGGUCUCUUCAACUUUCCUACCGAAUCUUGCUCUAUUCUGGCAUAUAAAUAACGGGAUUGAAGAGAUUCUGGCAGAUUAUGUUCAUCACGAAAUGACUCGCAGCUUGGUGUUGGUGUUAAUGAGACUCUUCCUUAUAGUUGCAGCAAAGGAUGUUUUCGUCGCUACAAAUUAAACCAACCCCCUUUCGGUGUCAUCCAUAGAUUUGCAAAAAGGUCGUCUUUUGCUUGAAAAAAAGCCGAAUAAAGAUUGGUCCUAGAAGUUAAGGACUCUUCUUGGGCUACAAUUAUCAGUUUUGAGAAUUUAGUUGAUGGAAUGUUUGAUUGUUUUAUUCUCCAUUUCAAGGUUUGCCUUUUGGUUUUCCAGGCUAAGAUGCCUUUUAUCAGUGGUAUUCACAUAAACUAUCU